AGCAAAGCGAGGUUGAAACCAUUGCACAUGCUCAGACGGCGGGGCCGUAAAGCUACAUUGCAUGUUACGAACAAAGCGAAUGUCUUUGCUAACUAUUCACGGACGAUAAACGCACAUUUGCUGUACAUAUAGAACUAACUAUACCCACUAUUAUUGGAGUUAAGUGGGUGUUCGGUUCCUGACUAUGUCAACAGCCGACGAUUCACGUUACAACGAUCACGAUGACCGAGUUGGAGGACAAAAGGUUCGCAACCGUAAAGGCAGAGGGCCUUUCAGGGCCCCUAUGUAUAGUGACCAGGGGCCAGUAGGGCCAAGACCAAGACAUCGUGGUAGCCAAAGAGGCGGCGGCGGCCCGGGACCCAGAGCGAGAUUCGACGAUGAGGAUGGAGAUGUGGCAAUGGCGGACAGCAACUCCCAAGAUGGAUCCUCCCAACACAGAUUUAACCCUUAUGGAAGGCCAAAUCGGCGUGGUGACGACCGAUUUGACCGGGGCCGCAGAGGUGGUGGAGGAGGUCACAGGGGUCGUGGGAAUAACAAAGGAGGGGAUGGAGGUGGAGGUGGCCGCAAGAACUGGUUCAAGAUGUCUGUCCCCUAUGGAAAGAAAUACGACAAAGACUGGCUGAUAACAGCACUGCAGAAUAUCUGCUCCAUGCCCUUCACCCCAGUACAUUACCACGUAGAGGGAAACCGAGCAGAGUUCUUUAUUGACGAUUCCACGACUGCGAAUGCCUUGUUUAAGGUAUCACGGAAGAUCACUGACAAAGAGGGCUACAAGGUGACUGUACUGAUGAAUCCCUGUCCUCCACCCUCCUUUCUUCAGUCUGAACUAAAGCCAGCUGAUCUGGAGCACCUGAAGCAAUGCAUGGCUAAACGUUUUGAUGGCUCUCAACAAGCGCUGGACUUGAACAACAUCCGGAUAGACCCAGACCUGGUGUCCCAGAACAUUGAUGUGACUUUGAACAGAAAGAACUCCAUGCGUGCUGUUAUUAAGAUAAUUGAGGAGAAUAUUCCAGAGCUUGUUUGUCUGAACCUUAGCAACAACAAGCUAUUUAGGCUGGAUGACCUGUCAGAGCUGGUCAACAAGGUUCCCAACCUGAAGACACUCAACCUUUCUCAUAACGAGUUAAAGACAGAGCGCGAGCUGGACAGGAUCAAGGGUCUUAAGCUGGUGGAGUUAUGGCUGGAGAGGAACCCCCUUUGUGACUAUUUCAAGGACCAGGCUUCAUACAUCAGCGAGGUGAGAGAGAGGUUCCCCAGGCUUCUCAAACUGGACGGUCAGGAUCUCCCCCCGCCCAUAGUCUUUGAUGUGGAGGUGACUCCUGCCGCCCUUCCACCUUGCAAGCCCAGCUACUUCUGCUCUGAAGAGAUCAAGACUCCCAUCGUUGGCUUCCUACAACAAUACUACAGUGUGUAUGACUCCGGAGACAGACAGCCUUUGUUAGAUGCCUACCACGAUGGAGCAACCUUCUCCUUGAGCAUGCCCUUCACCAUGCAGAACCCGUCUAGGUGCAGUCUUGGAGAUUACCAUAAAGACAGUCGCAACCUGAAAAAGCUCAAGGAUCCAACCACACGAUUCCGCUUACUGAAGCACACUCGUCUGAAUGUGGUGGCUUUCCUGAGCGAACUGCCCAAAACGCAGCAUGACACUGCAUCUCUAAUUGUGGACGUCAACACCUUCACCAACACAUUACUGUCGUUCACGGUCACUGGAGUGUUCAAGGAAGUUGAAGGUAAAUCCCGCGACUCUGUGAGAGCUUUCUGUCGGGUGUUUGUCACAGUGCCAGCUGGAGGGACAAGUCUUUGCAUAGUGAAUGACGAGCUGUUUGUGCGCAAUGCUACGACUGAGGAGAUCCGCCGGGCCUUUGUGGCACCUGCCCCCACCCCAUCCAGCAGUCCUGUCCCCACCCUCUCAGCCCCCCAGCAAGAGAUGCUCUCUGCCUUCUCACUGAAGUCUGGCAUGAAUCUUGAAUGGUCCCAGAAGUGCCUACAGGACAAUGAGUGGGAUUUCAACCGGGCAGGGCAGGUCUUCACAGACCUCAAGGCUCAUGGAAAGAUCCCAGAUGUCGCUUUCAUAAAGUGAACAGGAAUGGCUGUGAAGCUUUUUAAUUAUUGUCAUUGGUCUUAUUUCUGUUGAUUCUUAUGCAGUUAUCCUCCUGGAUUACAAGAUCACAUACUUCAUUAUUUGUAUAAUUAAACAUGAUUUAACGUGUUCAAAUAGGCUUGUUAUUUCAUCACACCGAACAUCUUCCUAAUAUUGAGUGGCAGCCCCCAUUUUGCUCUCAGAACAGCAUGGACUAUGCUAGCCCAUGUUGGCUGGAUUUCCUUUGGGUGGUGGGAAACGGAGUGUGAAAAACCCAGUAUUGUUGCACCUACUACCAUACCCUGUUCAAAGGCGCUUUUGUCCUGCCCAUUUACUCAGAAUGGCACACACAGCUGUCAAGGCUUACAAAUGUUUGAACUUGUCUACACUGAAGUGGAUUUAACAAGUGAAAGCUAUGAUCAACCUCAGAAGAAGAGCCAGUGUUCCUAAUGUUUUGAAUGGAAGUAGUUUUGCGUUACGUUGAUUGCAAACAUUAUGAACUUACAAGGAUUCAAAAGAACUGCCAUGCCUUUUACUUAACAGCAUAUCAGAAUCAAAUAAUGUAAGCGAUUCAGACAAGGUUAUUGCUCUUGCAGGAAAUUUUAUUAGGUAACAGAUUUGAAAGUAUACAGAAAGGAUUUAAUUGUGCGUUUAAAUUCGGCUUCUCUCUUGCCUCUGGGAUAAUUUUUAGACAAUCUCUCUGAGCAGCCAGUAAUGACGUCAAGUAGGACUGCCCUACCAUCAUCCAUAAA